AUGAAGCGUCAGGCUCAUUUCUACGUGGUAGAGCAACAGCUCAACUUGGUUGGGCUGGAUUUAAUCGAUCAAUUCAAUUUCUGGUCGGUACCCAUGAAUCGUCUUUGCAACCAUGUCACUAGUUCGACAUCAGCGAUCAGCACUCUCAAGCAGGCCUACCCGACGGUGUUCAGUGAUGUUCCUGGGCUGUGUACUAAGGCGAAUGUGCAACUUACGCUGAAAGAAGGAGCACAACCCAUUUUCCGACCUAAGCGUUCUGUCGCGUACGCAAUGCACAUGACCGUAGAUGAAGAGUUGGAUCGUUUGGAAAACGCUGGGAUCAUAACACCAGUGAAGUAUUCAGAGUGGGCCGCUCCAAUAGUCGUCGUGAAGAAAGCAAGCCAAGCGGUAAGGAUUUGCGGAGAUUACUCAACAGGUUUGAACGACGCUCUACAGCCGCAUCAAUACCCGCUUCCACUGCCGCAGGACAUCUUCGCAAAAUUGUCAAACUGCAAAAUGUUCAGUCAAAUCGACCUUUCUGACGCAUUUUUGCAGGUUGAAGUGCAAGAAGAAUCCAGGGAUAUGCUAACUAUCAACACACAUCGGGGACUCUACCGCUACAACAGGCUUCCGCCGGGAGUAAAAACAGCACCUGAAGCUUUUCAGCAGCUGGUGGAUACCAUGUUAGCUGGAUUAGAAUGUAAAUCAGGUUACCUAGACGACGUGCUAAUUGGCGGUAUGGAUGAGGAACCCCGACUAGGAAGGUAA